UAGAGAAGAUGAAGCCCUAUGCACUGGCAUAUUCUGAUGGAUCAUAAUUAACGUGGAUGGAUGAAUAAGAACGAUACCAUGGAAUUCAAACCGGAACAGCUCAACUUCUUCAGGUUGUGUUACAUCGUCUUCGACAUCGUUCCUCAAAGCCUACGAAAGAUUUUUAAACAAGAAUGGGAUGCACUAUACACAGCUACUCCUGGCCAGUGGGAUGACACGCCUAWUAGUUAUACCUUCUUUUAUARCAUGGAGUCACCGAGGAAUCGUAUAAGAAACAAGCGUCUUCUGGGGUUAAUGUCAAGUGGAGAUAGAAAGGAAUGGGAUUGCACUUGCCUAUUUUAUGCAAUACUUUACUCAGACUGUGUGGGACCAACAUUAAACAUGGUGAUCAAAAAUAGCGUGGAUGAAGUUCGAAAAAUUCGCAAUGAAUUGGCGCACAAUAAAACAGGAAAGACGAGUGAAGCUGAGUUUCGAACUUGUAUACAAAAGAUCAAGAUAGCAUUUUCAUCUUUAAAGCUUGAUACUACAUUAAUUAAAGAAAUUGAAAACCAGAAACAAUUUCCCACAGAAGACGUUACCAAAUUCCAAGAUAAACUAAAGAAAACUGCAGAAGAACUAAAGACCGUGGAAAAAGAGUUACAAGACGAAAAGAAACGAAACGCAGACCCAAAUUCCUUUUGUAUUCUGCCUCCGCAUCCUUCCCAUGACACAAUUUACAGGAAGAAAGAGGUUGAAACGAUAUACCAAGAGAUGCAACGGUUAUCAAGAGAAAAAAAGGGMGAGACGACAGUCGUUUACUUGUCUGGUAAUCCCGGUUCUGGGAAAAGCGUGAUGGCAAGGCAUAUUGGUGAGAUGUGCUACAAUCAUGRUCWYACCAAAGGGUCAUUAACGUUUGUGAUGACGCUUGAUGCAUCCAACAAKGACACUUUGUUAGAUUCAUACAUGACAUUUACUGAGAGACUCAGUUGUUAUCCCGAUUCUAUAACUAAUAUUACUACAUCAAAAAACCUUGAAAAGGAAGAACAAAUUCUACAAYUAAGGAGUCUUGCUAGUAAGCAAGUGGCCAAGUAUUCGACGUGGUGCAUCAUUGCAGAUAAUGUGACCGAUCUGAAAUCUUUCUCAAAAUACUGGCCUCAAGGCGGAGAAAAGAMUCAUGGUGAGKGUAAKAUUCUUGUUACUACCCAAGACAGCAAUUCUAUUUGUGUCGGCUCUCACUACCACCAUGUCUCACUCAGUUCUGGCAUAGMAGAGGAGGACGCACUUGAACURCUUUCUAAAAUAUCUGGAUAUGCUGAUGCAGAAAACGGCAUGAUGGCAAAAGUAUCCGAAGCCUUAGAYCAUCAACCACUUGCUUUAUCUUCUACUGCAGUUUAYGUGCGAAGUGUCCGCRCCAUCAAMARCAAAUAUACGUGGCUUCAGUGUCUGAGGGAUCUUAAGCGUAAACGCGAAAACCUAGAAACAGUGUACAAGAGUACAAGUUUGGUGUACAAAAARMCAAUGACWGCUGCAGUGAAUCUAGCCAUCGAAAGAGAGAUUARUGAAGAGAUUAUGCUUCAUGCAUUUYGUUUUCUAUCUGUGAUUGCACCAGAUCCCAUUCCUUUGGAGUAURUUGUGGAUUAUGUUACSAAGUGCAUGCCUGACGAAGACAAAAAUACGGUUGGUAUAAGAGUUUGUUCGUCAUCUUUAGUGCGUUCGUUGGACCAAAGAAGACAGGCGAUUAGCAUACAUCAGGUGGUCUACCACUGCUUGCGAACGAAUAGARAAAUGGCACAAAGAAGYACAGUUGACAUAUUUACCGUGGUUUCUGCAUUCUCUCUUCUAGACUCUCGAGAAGUCAAUACCAUGGCCAAUACAAGACAACUUAUAAGUCACUURAAGAAAAUUGCAGACGACGUAAAAAACGUCAUGAAAGAGUCCACAACCGAGAAUGUUCUAGAUGAGCAUGUUUGCAAUGUUCUUUACAAUUUGUCGCUCGUUUUAUCCAAACACUACAUAUUUGUAAGUGCACAGCAUUUUUUGMAAGUGCUUUUAGCAUUACAAGUAUCUCAGUCAAUAUGCUCUAAAGCAAGAGAAGUGUUAAUCCUUUUAAUGGGUACGAAUGGCGUCGACUAUAUUUCACAUCUUAACAUAACUGGUAUUAAUCCAUCGGUGGGUGAGACCAUGAACCAGCUAGGCAUUUCAUAUCAGAAACUGGGGCGACUUCAGGAAUCAAUAACUUGUUAUGGAAAAUCCCUUGCUAUCAAUACAUCUUCGUAUGGUGAGAAGAGUCUAUUGGUAGGUGAGACCAUGAGCAACUUAGGCAUUGCAUAUCGGAUACUAGGACGAUUUCAGGAAUCAAUAACAUACUUCGAGAAAGCCCUAGCCAUCAGCACAGCAACGUACGGUGAAUCUCAUCCACUAGUGGGUGACAUCAUGAAAAACUUCGGUACUGCAUACCUGAAACUAGGACGAAUACAGGAAUCAAUAACACAUUACGAAAAAGCCCUUGACAUCUACACAGCUGCAUACGGAGAAAACCAUACAUCGGUAGCUCGGACCUUGGGUAACUUAGGCAUUGCAUACCAAGAACAAGGACAACCACAGAAAUCCAUCAGMUAUUAUGAAAGUGCCUUACCUAUCAAAAUAGCCGCKUAUGGUGAAACCCAUCCAUCAGUGGCUCACCUUCUGAACAACUAUGGUAGUGCAUACUGCAAACUUGGCCAAUUGCAGGAAUCAAUAACGUAUCACGAAAAAGCCCUUGCCAUCUACACAGCUGCUUACGGCGAAAAACACGCGUCAGUGGGUGACACCAUGAACUUCUUAGGCAGUACUUAUCAGAAACAAGAGAGAGUUCACGAAGCAAYCACAUAUUUCGAAAAGGCACUUCAGGUUAUAAAAGYUGCAUACGGUGAAAACCAUCCGUCGGUAGGUGAGACCUUGAACAACUUAGGCAAUGCAUACAGAAUUCUAAAUCGAUUCGAUGAGGCAAGAACCGUCCACCAGAAAGCUUUGGCUAUCUUUGAAAGCAUGUAUGAUAAAAGCCAUCCCUCCAUUUCUCUAACAGAAAAGAAUCUGAGAAAUCUUUGCAACUCCRAAAAAAGUAAUGAAAGCUGCACUCCGCCGCCAAAAACAUCAAGAAGAUCUUCAGGUGAAAAAGAACAUCAAUAAAUGAAGACCCUUCGUGUAUAGUAAUCACGUUAAUUUUAUGUACGUUUCUAGAAGUCCCUACAUAUAACUUGCAAUUGACGUCCAUCAAGGUGCAACCUGCACC